AUGGAGGCUAAGCUCACUGACCAGGAGGCCCGCGCACGGAGAGAUAACCUCCGCAUAUACGGCAUCCCAGAGGAAGCAGAGGGAACUAAUAUUAUUGUCUUUCUGGAAAAUAUGCUUCGUGAUUCUCUCGCCUUUCCGCCUGAAACUGAUUUAAAGAUAGAAAAGGCACAUCGAGCCCUGGCCCCGAAACCUGCUGGAGGACUGACACGGCCACGCUCAAUCAUAGCCAAGUUUUCCAGCUUCAGGGUCAAAGAAGAAGUUAUAAGGAUUGCCUGGCAGAAGAAACAAGUGAUGUACAAGGACACGCGAUUCUACGUUGACCAUGAUUACCCUCCGCUGAUUCUAAAGAAACGCACCGAAUACAACCAGGCCAAAAGAGUCCUCAAAGAGCACAAUAUAAAGUUCCAAACUCCCUAUCCUGCAAAAAUGAGAGUGUUUUAUAACGAGGAGACCCGCUUGUAUCAGAGCGCGGCGGAGGCGACAGUGGACAUGGCUGCAAGAGGACUCCCGGUGACCGUGAUCCCGUCUACCGUCGAUCCCUACUAG